AUGGUUCAUAAAACAAAAAUCGCUAUUUUCUUUUUGUUUUUCUUAACUAUUUUACAAGCAGAACAUGUUUGGCUUGUUAAAUUCCCACAUAAAGAUAAUCAUUUAUUACAUAUUCAAAAAUCGUUUCCAUUAAUCGAUCUUCUUCAACAUGAUUACGAUCAAUCAUCAUAUGUUUUUCUUAUACCAAAUAAUUAUCUAUCAGAUUUUACUCAUUUUAUACAUCGAUUACAUGGUUCCUUUCGAAUUAUUACAAAUAAUCCCGAAAAAACAUGGAAAAAAUCUCAAAGAAGAUCAAAACGAUGGGUUCCAUCAGAUAAUCCAUUAGAUCAAACUUAUUAUCAACAUUUUCUCUCAUAUGAUGAACAACAAGAUUGGUAUAAUUUACUUAAAACAUCUUUAUUAACAAAAAAAUUUAUUCGUUCAUAUACAAUUGGUCAUACAUAUGAAAAUCGUACGCUUACUAUUAUAAAAAUUCUUGGUCAUAGUCAUCGGAGACAUCAACAACGUAAAUAUGCUAUAUAUAUUGAUGGAGGUAUGCAUGCACGAGAAUGGUUAUCAAUUGGUGUAGCAAAUUAUAUUCUUAUACAAUUUCUUAAAUUAAGAAAAACAAAUGUUAAAGUUCGAGAAAUUUUAUAUAAUUUUGAUAUAUAUAUGUUACCAUUGAUGAAUCCAGAUGGUUAUGAAUUUUCAAGACAUGAAAAUCGUCUUUGGAGAAAAAAUCGUUCACCAACACCUCAUUCAGAUUAUUGGAAUGGUGAUCAAUCUUGUUAUGGAAUAGAUCUUAAUCGGAAUUUUCCCUAUGAAUGGAAUAAUACGAUUGGCGCGUCAGAUCAUGCAUGUUCACAUUCAUAUCGUGGACCAAGUCCAGCAUCAGAAAAUGAAGUCAUAAGUGUUGUCAAUUUUCUUCGACAACAACAACUUUCUAAUCAAAAAUUUUAUGCUUAUUUUAAUUUACAUGCUUAUGGAAGAUUUUGGUUAUUACCAUGGACAUAUUCAUUAUCGAAAAAAGUAUCGAAUUAUGAUGAAUUAUUUAAUAGAAGUAGUAAAGUUGUGUCAAGUGUAAUGAAGAAAACAUAUAGAGUUGGACAAGCAUCACGUUUACUAUAUCCAUGUACUGGAACUAGUAUUGAUUUUGCUGCUACAUUAAUGCCGCAUGCAAUGACUUUUGAAUUAUCACCAAUGUUCAAAGGUUUACCAAUGUGCUUCGAUCAAAAUAAGACACUUGACGAUACAUGUACCGUCGGAUUUUUGACUGAUCCAAAAGAAAUUGAAAUAGAUGGAACUGAGAUAUUUAAUGCUAUUGUUGAAUAUAUGUAUUCUAUUAUACGAGAUCGUUGUCUUUAA